AUGUGGCAAUCGUCUCUCCCAAUUGAAGAUUUCCGUGAAAUCAACCGUUCCAACGGAGAAAACCCUCCAAAGGAACUCCCAAUCUCAGACCCUCUUGGAGGCUUGGACAUUAGAUGUGGGCCCAUUCUUAGAUUAUGUGGAACCCAUGAAAAGGGCGAGCCAAACUAUAGGGGUACCAUUAUGAUUGUGGUGAAGAACUCUGACUCCGAGUCAUCCAGUGCUACUCCUCCUAAAAUUACCUACAAGAUUGGACCCUCUCACGAUGAAUCCCUUUCGUCUAAUGGUGGAGAAUUCCCCGGUACCGAGUACUACACAGAAAAGGGGUUUUCAUUUUGGAGAUUUGCCAUCAAUUUGACUCUUGGUGACGUGGAACAAAGAGUCAAGUACUACAUCAAUGACACGUUUAAGAAAUCAUUCCAAUUCUUUAUCCCAUCGUCUACUGAGUCCAUGAAUGUCGUUUCCUACUCUUGUAAUGGGUUCUCCUUGGGGGUUGACCCGCUCGAUUUCAAGUCAAGUUUGUGGUAUGAUGUCUUGCAAAAGCACGACAAGCAACAUUACCAUGUGAUGCUUGGAGGAGGUGACCAAAUCUAUGCGGACUCAAUCAAAUUACAUUCAGAAUCGCUUCAAAAAUGGAUGAGUGAAAUGAAUCCAAUCAAGAAAUCUAAAACUGUGGUUGAUGAAAAGACCCUUGAAGAAUUCCAUAAUUAUUACCUCCACCAUUAUUUGGGAUGGUUUGGUAAAGGUUAUUGGGAAGGUAAAGAGGGGAACACUUUGCAAGAAUGUUUCCCCUUAACCAUGUCCCAAAUCCCUUCCGUCAACAUAUAUGACGAUCAUGACAUUAUUGACGGGUUUGGCUCAUACAAGGACUCAACCAUGAACCAAGAAAUAUUCAAAAGCGUGGGGAAUGUAGCUUAUCUCUACUAUAUGCUCUUCCAACAUCAUACCAGUCCAGAUGAAAAGCUUCACACUCAAGAGGGAGAAUCUUCAUGGAUUCUUUCCAAGAAGGAUGGACCUUUUAUCAAACAAAAGAACCAUUCCAAUUAUAUCCGUCUUGGUAAGGAAAUCAGUGUGGUUGGGGUUGAUUGUAGAACAGAACGUAAAUUAAAACAAGUUGUGGAUCUAUCCACCUAUGAUUUGAUUUUCAAGAGAUUAAAGGAUGAAAUUACUGCUGCUCCAGAAGUGAAACAUCUUUUGGUCAUGUUGGGGGUGCCAAUCUUGUACCCAAGACUUGUUUGGCUUGAAUGGUUGCUCACCAGUUCUAUCUUGGCUCCAGCAAGAGCGCUUGCGAUCCGAGGAGUCAUCAACAAGGGGCUUGUCAAUGAGUUUGACGGUGGGGUUGAAGUCUUGGACGAUUUGAACGAUCAUUGGUGUUCCAAACAUCAUAAACGGGAAAGAAAUUACUUGUUGAAGAUGCUUUCCGAAUUCGGAGCUCUUCACGGGGUAAGAAUCACCAUUUUAUCAGGAGACGUUCAUUUGGGAUGUAUUGGUAGAUUGAAGUCCAAGAUUCAUCAUCAUCCACAUACUCAUCUUUUGAAGAAUGGUGAUCCUAAACAAAUCAUUGAACAUAACACCAAUGUGGUUGAACAUCCUGAAGAAGAUCCAAGAUUGAUUUUCAAUAUCAUUUCCUCUGCCAUUAUCAACACCCCACCUCCAGACGCUAUGGCCACUCUUCUUGACAAACGGUCGAGUAUCCACCAUUUCAACAAGGUUACCGAUGAAGACAUCUUGCACAUCUUUUUGACAAAUCCAGACGGAUCGAAACGUGACAACCACCAAUUUUUAAACAAACGUAAUUGGUCUGAUUUGAUUUUGGGGAAACAAUCCAUCUAUGCUGAUUCUGGAGAUUUAGAAAAGGGGAUUUCCAAGUUCCCUGCUCCAUUGAGUGACUUGGGCCAAGAAUUGGUAAAUAAGAACGACGUUGACGAAAGACACGUCAAGUACCCAUUAACUGCGGACACCUUGGUCACCACAUUGCACGUAGAAGACGACAGUUCUGACUUUGAUUGUAAGACUGCGUCCUACGAAGUGUUGAUUCCACAACUUGUUGGAAAGUACAAGAUUGAAAGUCCAGGAAUCAAGCAUUUACAUUAA